GUUUUCGCCCCGUCUCUUUUCCACCGUCUCAUUUUUUUUAUCUCCAUUUUAGACCCCACUGGCGCAUCUGUCGGCUCCGGGACACCGGGACAAUGUACCGGCACAGGAGCAGUUCGUGAUGACUCGUCCACCCACAAGAGCCAGAUUUCCAAAACACCAGGCAGAUGGAUCGUCAGAGCCCCAGGGAGAAGCAGCCGGAGACUAAUAGGACUGUAGCAGGCGUCACCCCCACUGCAGCCCCCGCAGUCGCCAUGGCAACAGCCAGCUCCGGCAGCACCACAUGCACCCCGACGUCCUCCGCAUCACUUAGCCUCCUGCCGCCAGACAGACAGGCCGUCCAGGUGAUCCAGCACGCCGUCCACAGGCCCCAGAGCAUGACGGCCCAGUACCUCCACCAGAUGUACGCCGCCCAGCAGCACCACAUCAUGCUGCAGACGGCAGCGCUGCAGCAGCACCAACACCAGCCGCACCUGCAGAGCCUGGCCAGUCUCCAGCAGGCCUCGGUGUGUCAGAGACAGUCCCCCUCCUCCUCGUCCUCCUCCUCCUCCACCGGAGGCUCCCAGAACUCGAUCACCUUGCCAGCGUCUCCGGUGACGGCGCAGCUCAUCAGCCGCACGCAGGCGUCCAGCACCAGCGCUGCCGCCGCCAGUAUCUCCCAGCAGGCCAUGCUGCUGGGCAACAGACCGGCCAACUGUAACCAAGCUCAGAUGUACCUCCGCACUCAGAUGCUGAUUUUAACCCCCGCUGCCACCGUGGCUGCCGUCCCCUCUGACCUCCCCGCGGUCACCUCCAGCUCCUCGUCGACGUCUUCAUCUCAGGUCCAGAAUUUGGCGCUGCGGGCACAUUUGCCGGGCGUACUCCUCAAGCCCCCCACCCAGACCACCGCCUCCCUCACCAAGACUUCGGCGAGCGCACCCAAAGCCAAUCCACCCGCUGAGGCCUCGGACAAAGGGCAAGACGUGAGCAGGUCGUCUGGAAGUCAGAUCGCCACCCCAGCCUUCUCCCCGGUGCAGACCCACGCUAUGGUCAAGCAGCAGCUGUCUGGUCCACUGGCCCAGCGUGUGGCUCAUCAUCAGCUGAUCCUCCAGCAGGGGGCAGCAUCCCAGCACAGAGGGCUCCACCCCAUCGCCCUGAGGGUGGCGCCCCAGGACACCCAGGCUCUUCCCCUCUCCCUGAAGCGCCUGGCGGACACCAAACCCCCCUCCUCCACAUCAGCUGACUCUGCUCACCCUCAGCCGCCCCCCCUAGUGGCCGCACCUCAACGCCGCACCUCCUUCUCCCAGGUCCAGAACCACCCUCCCCCUCCUCCACCGCCGCUGGUUCAACCCAAGAUGCCCUCCAACCCGCCCUCCUCCCUCCAUCGGCCGUUCCUGCAGACUGGUCAGCUUCUGCUGACGGAGCAGGAGCUGCCUGUGGCCGAGGCCCUCAUCCAGAUGCCGUACCAGAACCUCCCUCCUCCUCAGACCGUCGCCGUGGACCUCAAAGUGGUGAGGAAGAGCAAAACGUCCUCGCCGGAGCAAACAGUGAACGGAACCACGGACAAAAAGGAGGAAGUGUCUUCGCACAAGAGACGGACGCCGCCGCCCAGCGAGGCGGCGCCCAAGCAGAAUGGCGCAGUUAGGGACGCCGCAUCCAGUCCCCCGGUCAGCAGGUCGUCUCCGGCCGAGGCCCCCGCCCCGCCCACCCCGAGCGGCAACAGCAGCAGCAACCCUCCACCUCCUCCUCUUCCUCCCGCCAUCCUCCCUGCUCCGGCCAGAGGCCCCAGCCAGCCGGCCUCGGCCCCCACCAGCCUGCCCGGGAGCCCCGACAGGAUGCAGGGGGCCCAGAUCCUGACACACCUCAUUGAGGGCUUCGUCAUCCGUGAGGGCCUGGAGCCGUUCCCGGUGGUCCAAACGUCGGUGCUGGCCGACCAGCAGGCUUCGCUCCCAGAGUCACAGGAGAAUCACACCAACGGCGAUGCCACGGCCGAGGAUAGCCCCGCGGACGCCGACCCGUCGGACUCCAGCGACUCGGAGAUGGAGGACGACGCUCCUGCGCCAGACGCGGCGGCGGAGAGUCCGUCGGAGCUGCUGCAGUGCGAGUUCUGCGGGGGGAAAGGUUAUGCCGACACCUUUCUGAAAUCCAAACGCUUCUGCUCCGUGUCGUGCGGGAAAAGGUACAGCGUCAGCUACACCAAGCGAUUCUCCCUCAUCAGGGCGGGUCGCUGGGGCCACAGGCCGGUGGGCCGGAGAGGACGACCUCCCAGCCGGGUCAACGGGGCCUCCAGAGAACAGUUCCUGAAGCAGCUGAAAGAUCACCGGCAGGUUCGCACUUCAAAACCAGAGGAGAUUCAGAAAGAGUCCACAGCUGAAGACGAGGAGGCGGAGACUCCUGCUCCCAUGGCGACCAGACUCCGGACGCAAGCAGAGAGAGCAAAGAGGAGAGAAGAGGAGCAGGAGCAGAGGACGACAGAAACCAUCACCCUGUCCGACGGAGAAGAGGAAGAGGAGGAGGAGGAGGAGGGAGAGGAGGAAGGGGUGGAGGUGGAGGAGGAAGACACCGGCUCUCCGUCGCAGUGGAACGUGGAACAAGUCUUUUCUUACAUCAACUCUCUGCCAGGCGGCCAGGAGGUGGCGCAGGAGUUUCGCUCACAGGAAAUCGACGGCCAGGCGCUGCUGCUGCUCACUGAGGACCACCUGGUCAGCAGCAUGAACCUGAAGCUCGGCCCCGCGCUCAAGCUCUGCGCCCACAUCAACUCCCUGAAGGACAAAAACUGAGAACUGUGUCCCCGCGUCGCCUUCAUGAUGAUCACCAGUUACCUCUCGUCGUUCCAUCGUAGUGAUUGUAGCCAAAUGUUGUUCCAAGAUGGUUUCAGUUCAAGGACACUGUGCGUCAGGCCGUUGACAGAUGGUCGUCUGUUGAUGCGGGGUUUUUGAUACAUCCGUUUCUAACGACCACUUGCUGCAUAAGCUUCGUAUUUAUUAUCGUCGUGUGUAAUUUAUUAAUAAAAACAUGAUCCAUGAUGGCGCCGCUGGUGAUUCCACACCAGUCCGUUAUUGUGUUCGAGAUGCAACUCCGAUUAUUUGAAUUGUAACUCUGACACUGAGGCGGUGUUCCAGUGACUCAGCAACAUUAAAAUGAAGAUAAAGUUGGUGGCAACGAUUGAGGCGGUGAAUGUUCACCAAAACGGAGCAAACCAAGUAACUUUUUGAGGAGUAAAAUGUUAGAAUAAAAAGGUGCAGAACAAAUGAAGAAAACGUAUUUAGAAACUACCCCAACGAUAUAAUGAAAUAUAGUGACGUUUUUAAAAUUCAAUACCACGGGAAAAGUGAUUCACAAACACAACAAUUGAAUGACAUCUGGUGAAAGGGCAUCACAGAAGCUAAUUGUA